AUGCCUGAAACCCCAACCCAUCCUCCGGCGCCGUUGCGCUCGGCACUCAAGAUGGACGACGAAGCGGUGCGAACUCCGCCCGCCAGCGGCACUCUCAAAGCUGUGCAGAUUGCCGAUCCUGUCCCCGAGGACUAUAUCGAAGACGAUUCGCACCAUGGCAAGCAACGCCGCCCAGCGGCUCCCGCUCGCCGAUUGAGCGGCAAGCUGUCUGCAACUGCUUCGCCAGCGAUUCGACCUGUGGACGAUACGGCUCUCUCGUCUCACCAUCAUAGCCACCGCCGAAACCACCAGAGCGAGAGGAUUCUGGCCCAGGUUGGAGAAUGGCUGGAGCGAGAGCGCAACAAGGCAAUGGCUAGGAAACAGAAGCCUCGUCGGCGCAAGUCCAAAUCUCCCCCGUCCGACCAGGCGCAAGCCGAGGGUGCAGCCUCUACGGCUGCUAGUCACCCUACGCGCGAAAGAUCGAACUCCACAAGCUCGCAGUCCAGCGACAUCUCCUUCGAUGGCUUGCAGCAUAUCUUAGAGAGUUCCAUGGCUUCCAUGGGACUUGUCACGCUUCCCAAGUACAGCCCGCGAGUGGGCCCCAAGCACCGACGACAGAAUUCGCGCUCGGCUCUUCAUCGCACCGCCUCUUCGGAUACCGAUUACGUUGAUGGUGACGCCAUCGUGCCUAGCUGCGAUGCUUGGCUUGACAAUUCCAAGACAAUGAGCUACACUGGUGGAGCCAGCACCAGCACAGAUGAUGUAUCGGCUCAGGCGACCAAGGCCGAAAAGGAAAGAGAAGCAUGGACUGUUUUCAAGAAUGAGAUUCUGCGCAUAGCUCACACCUUGAGGCUUAAAGGGUGGCGCCGUAUCCCCCUCGGCAGCGGCGAAUUCAUGGCUGUUGAGCGAUUGAGCGGCGCAUUGACGAACGCCGUAUAUGUCGUCACUCCCCCGGCUGAUCUACCCCAGGCCGAUGGCAGGAAGCCGCCGACCAAGGUGCUGCUUCGAGUGUACGGACCGCAGGUGGAGCAUCUCAUUGACCGAGAGAACGAGCUCCAGGUGCUGCAGCGACUCGCACGCAAGAAGAUUGGCCCACGACUUCUGGGAACCUUCAAGAACGGACGCUUCGAGCAGUUCUUCAAUGCCAUCACGCUCACUCCGCUGAACCUGCGAGAGCCUGAAACCUCGAGACAGAUUGCCAAGCGUAUGAGGGAGCUGCACGACGGCGUCCAAGUGCUGUUGCACGAACGUGAGAAUGGGCCUGGCGUGUGGAAGAACUGGGAUCAGUGGCUGGAUAACGUCGGCCGCAUCACUAGUUUCUUGGACAAGGAGCUGGAGAAGACGCCCGAGGCCGAGAGGAGAAACUCACUCGCCCAGGCCUGGAAAAUCAAUGGCUAUGUGUGCGGUGUUCCCUGGGAGCAAUUUAAAGAGGUGGUGAUCAAGUACAGGGCCCAUCUGAACAACUGCUACAAGGGUCACCGGGCCAUCAAGGACAGGCUCGUGUUUGCGCACAACGAUACUCAAUACGGCAACAUUCUUAGGAUUCGUCCUGAUGACGAGAAGUCGCCACUUCUGCAGCCUGCAAACAAACAUAAGCAACUUGUCGUCAUUGACUUUGAAUACGCAGCUCCCAACACCGCGGGACUCGAGUUUGCCAACCAUUUCACAGAGUGGAUGUACAACUAUCACGAUCCAGUGGUUCCCUUUGCCUGCCACGCCGAUCGGUACCCGAGCCUCGAGGAGCAGAAGCGCUUCAUCAGGGCGUACGUGGACCAUCGGCCCCAGUUCCCGCCGUCCAGCUCGACGCCCCGAUUGACGCCGCUCGACACCCCCAGCGCCGCAGCUACGCCAUCACUUCUUCCGACGACGUCCAGCAGCUCCAUUGUCGACUUUAUGCUGGAUGCUCGCUACCCUGGCGGUGACUGGGGCGCAGUCGAAAAGGCGCGCGAGGAGCAGGCCGAGCAGCAAGUGCGAGAGCUCAUCGAGGAAGCCCGACUCUGGCAACCGGCAAACAGCGCCCAGUGGAUUGCAUGGGGCAUCGUGCAAGCCAAGGUACCGGGUCUGGAUGGGACCCCUGCUGAGGAGGAGCCCGGCGCGGACGAAUUCGAUUACUUGAGCUAUGCCCAGGACAGGGCCAUGUUCUUCUGGGGAGAUGUUGUGCAGCUGGGGCUUGUCAAGCUGGAGGAGCUGCCGGAGGCACUGCGGGCGAGGAUCAAGAUUGUCAAGUACCUUUGA